UCGGGGGUGUGACUACAGUCAUUGGGGUCUAUAUAUUGAGAUGUUUUGUCCGCAGGCUGGAUGUGAAUGAGGGAAGCUGACCAGUGGAAACUAGCCGCAGCGGGACUGUGCGCCUCCUCCCUGCAGCUCGCGUUCUCUCUCUCUCUCUCGCAUCACCAUGGAUUCCUAUUUUGUAGCACUCUGCGUGACUUUUCUGGUGGCAUCGCUCACCCGCAGGUCAGGUGCGAGCGGGCCGGUCAUCAGAUGCGAGCCGUGCGACACCAGAGCGCGGCUUUUGUGCAAGCCUUUGCCCAAGGAUUGCGCCGAAAGAGUCCGCGAACCGGGUUGCGGCUGCUGCAUGACUUGCGCCCUGAGCUUCGGCCAGCCUUGCGGGGUGUACACCGGGAGGUGCAGCGCCGGGCUGACCUGUCAGCACCAGCCAGGUGAAACGAAACCUCUGCAGGCGCUGCUCGAGGGUCGAGGUGUUUGCGUAAACGCCACGAGCGGGCGGCCGUCGGUCAGACCUACACCCACAUCUCCGGUCAAUGAAGUGCCAGACAACCCAGCGGCUAAGGAUAAGGAGGGUAGACCAUCCAGGCCGGACCCUGAAACUUCAUGUAACACUGCACCCCCCAGGCCCUCGCUUUACCCCUACUUAUCCUCCGCAAAGUCAAAUGCCAUCAGAUGGGAGCAACAGAAGGCAACCCAGAUCUUUAAGAUGGAGCAUCUCCCAGGACCAGUCAUCACAGACCAACUAAACAUCUCUCUAGAAACCAAACGGGAACCUGCGUAUGGUCCCUGUCGAAGAGAGAUGGAGCGCAUUCUCAGCACCCUAAAAAUUCUCAACAUCCUCAACCCCAGAGGUUUCCGCAUCCCAAACUGUGACAAGAAGGGCUUCUAUAGGAAAAAGCAGUGCCGUCCGUCCAAAGGCAGAAAGCGAGGCUUCUGUUGGUGCGUGGACAAAUAUGGGCAGCCUCUGCCAGGGUUUGAUGGGAAGGAGCGAGGAGUCCAGCGCUACAACUCCGGGAGCCAAUAAGGAGUCACGCAGGCUGGGGAGGGAGGGAGUUUUGCGAGUAAACAAAAUGAACUGUAAACAACUAGACACUAAGGAUAUUGAAGGAGAGGUCAAGAGAUGGCUCGGCUGAUAUAUGGAUGUUUGCCGUCUCUAUCUGUUGCCUGUGGGACCCUUUUCUUCCACUAAGGCAGAACAAAGGGAGCGGAGAGAGUGUAUCAAGAGGAAAGUCCUGGAAUUUAUGCUACGCACAGAAGAUAAGCUCUUUUAUUUCUUACUACCACCUGGACAGCUUCUGGAAACGUUACACGGUUCAAAAUUCAUUUUGAAUGCCUUAAACUGAUUAAGAAACACACCCGCACGACACGUCACGUCACGGACGGCGAAUUGAUAGCUCUUUGUUUUUACGCACAAUUAUAUGGCAUUGCAUAUGUGUACAUACGUUUUUUUGUUGUGUAAUCAUCACCUGUAUUCUUGUGAUUUGUAACAGUCUUUUCGUAUGUGGAUGACCAUGAAAAUGUAAAUAUGUAUGAAUUUGCUGUUCAGUGUACUCAUGCAGUGCCUUAUGUUGAAAGCCUGUUUGAAUGAAUUUCAUUGUUUCCAGUGGAGUACGAUGGGAUUGUGCAGCUCAAACGCUACCUAUAAUGCAUUUAAAGGAAUUUUAUGCUGGAUCUUAAGCCACAGAAAGAAAAAUAUUUUGUUUUUUAUCUCUCCGCUGUGGCUAUUACUGUUAUUAUUGACAUUUCUUGCAUAAGCUGAAUAGUUGGAAUGAAGACCUCUGCCAUUUUUUUUAUGAUUUUUCAUAUUGCCAGAGAUUUUGUUCUGGGCUUUUCUUAGCUGACGUAUGUUUGCCUGUACAGUCCAGCAAUCCAAAUCUAUUUUUACUUAAUAAAGGCUGUAAAAAUAGGUAAA